CGACGACCGCAGUGCCCUAUUCUCACCUCUUUCACAGCCAACGACGACGAUAACAAGCACAUAAAUCAGAGCUUAAUCGCGAUGUCCGACGAAUCUCCACCACCCAAACCCAAGCCAGGCUCACUACGCGACCGAAUCGCAGCAUUCGAGCAGAAACCAGCCUCAAAUGCACCUCCUGCACCUGCUCCUCGUCCCAAACCAGGACAUAUUCAAUGGAAACCGAGACAGUCCUCGCCCCCUCCUCCACCUGUGAAUGCGGAAGGAGGAGAAGGGCAUCAUGCGGAUGCGAAGGAGAGCAUUGGUAUGGGUGGGAUGAGUCUUAAGGAGCGUAUGGCUGCACUUCAGGGACGUGGUGCGUUUGGUGCGCCAGCGCCUGCUGCUCCUGUGCCUGCACCGAGACCUGCGGGUGAUAGACCGAAGUGGAAGCCUCCUCCAGCACCUGUCUCCCCUGCUGAAAACGAAGGAGGGAGUGAUCAAGAUGUGAUAGUAUCUCCACUAGCGAGUGUGAAGUCACCCAUAUCUGCUGCGAGUGAUGCUGAAGGUGGUGAGAGUGCGCCUGAAGUUAGUGAUGCCGACAAGCCAUCUUCACCUGGACAAGAAAGCGAAUCUGCUGCUGAAGGUGAAGAAAACCCCGAGGAGGAAGAGAGGAAACGUCGGGCUGCGAUUGCUGCUCGAAUGGCGCGGCUGGGCGGUGCGCGUAUCGGUAUGGGCCCGCCUGUCUUUGCGCCGAAGCCGCGUGCGACUCCUUCGUCAUCAUCACAACCGACCGUCAAAGAACCCGCUGAAAGUCCAGAUGAGCCAUCCGCAUCCGAGGCUCCAACAAAGAUUGACAUACCAAGUGCUCCAUCCGAAACGUCCCUUCUUUCUGCCGAGUCUGGAUCCUCCGCACGCAGCCCUCCAACAUCAAUGCCCGUCCCGAGUGGCCCGCGACGUGCAGCUCCACCGCGUCGUCGUCCACCAAAGUCUCCUGGUGCACCAUUAGGCGAGUUACCACCUGUACCUACAGAAGAAAGCGCAAGCGCAACGCCUUUGGAAACUGCAGAACGGGACGAGAAGAAGCUAGAGGAAGAAGAGCCUCCUGUCGAACAACGUCAUGAGGAAGAGGAAGAGGAGGUGCCAGCGGCUGAAGAGACGGAAGAAGAAGCUGCUGCGCGGAGGAAACGUAUCGCGGAUCGGAUUGCCAAGUCGGGUGGGAUCAACCCGUUCGCUGCGCCUAGACCUGUACAGGAACAGGAGGAGGAAGAGCCAGAACAGGAGCAGGAUCGAGCUGAGGUGGAAAGUGAUGCUGACGCUGUUCCCGCGGCCAGACCAAUCCCAGUUGACGUCGAAGCUUCGGAAGACCUCCACGCCGAGGCAGACUCUGAAGCAGAGGCCCCUCCACCGAGCGAUGACGAACCAGAGCCAGAGGAGGACCUUGAAGUUCAAGAGCAAGAAGAGGAAACGGCGCCGCCUCCUUUACCGCCCAAAAUAGCCAGCCAAGAGACCGAGGACGCGAAGAAAGGGAAAGACGUUCAUAAUCAUAGUCCCGAUGCGCUGCCAACGAAGACAGAGGAAGCAGCAGCUGUCCCUGUUGUCGACCUCUCAAAGCCAGGUGACGUGUCCACGACACUAGAAGAAGCGGAAAAUCACUCGAUUGACAUUACGGAGGCUGCUGAUGAGCUUAAGAAAGUCGACGAUGAGGGUGAAUUAGAGGAGUCUCAUGCGCAUGAGCGUGUUCCGAAGUCGGGAAAAGAGCAUAGGGAUGGGAAGAGUGGGAAGGGUGGUAAAUGAGCGGAUGAGCGAUGAGCUGUAUAUGUGUGGGAUGAUUCUAAGAAAUUAAAUGUCGAUAAUCUAUGUGUACUUUUUAAGAAAGGGGUUAGUUAACAUAGACAGUGUACAAUCUUGG